AUGGUAGCUGAGACUUCACCUGCAGGUGGAGAAAAAUGGAGGGCAGCAAUAGGCUCCUUGGUUCUGAGUGCCAUAUUCNGCUUUCUGUUCGGCUGGUUUCAGAAAUUCCCCCAGGAUUUUUAUGAAUCCCCAGACCUGGCUGUUUUGAGUCAGUUCACGGAGUANGUGAGGCUCAAUGUGCCUUGUGGAGAUGUAGAUACCCAAGCCAGGGAGCCUCUCUCCAUAUUUAAGCAUCAGGAGUCUAUCGCCCUUAACCUUGAGGAAGGUUGUUCAACAAGUCCUGAUCCCACAGAGGAGGAUGUCUCUGGGAGGCAGGACACUCUGGCUCUGAGGCCAGCUUCUAUGGCAGAGCCACAGGAUGACAAGCAAUCCCGAGAGGACACUGAGCUUGUGAAAAGUGCAGUUUUGGAUCCCUUUGAACCAAAAGCUGCAAUAGAGCUGCUUCCGACUUUAGAUCAAGAUCUGCCCACAUCAGCUCAUACACACUCACCUGCAGAUGUGGCAGCAGAUGAGGCUGCAGAUGUUUCACCUGCCAGGCCAUUAUUUGUGUCUUACACUGUGCCUAUAGAUACACCAGAUUUUGUUUUCCCUCUGCCUGAGGUUGACAUAUAGUUAGGAGAAUGAUCUGCAGAGUUCUACCCAGAUGAGG